ACACAAGAAAAAAAAAGAUUUCACCUUUAAUUUGUCCGAACCUCACAAAAAAUAAAAAAAAAAUCUCGGAAUAAUUAUUUUCCCCCAUUUUCAUGAUCCACCACAACAAUGGCGGCGAAACCCUCAUCUUCUGCAGUAACGCCGUCAGUUAUUACUAAAAAGCUACACCCCCAAAAGCAGAGAGCAAUCGAGCAGAAGCAGCAGCUGGAGAAGAGAAUCGAGGAGGUUCUGUCGUUCCCAAUCCUACUCUCCGACCAAAUCAACGCCGCCGUGAAGGAGGCGGAGUCCUUCAAGUUCGAGUGCGCCGAGGUCGGAAAGCAGGUCGACCGUCUCUGCCAGAAGCUCCGCACCGCCGUCCGCCUCGCCCCGUCCACCUCCGCCGGCAACGCCUUCUACGACCGCCCCCUCCGCCGCAUCGCCGCCGAGGCCUCCAGAAACCUCGAGAAAUCCCUAACCCUAGUCAAAAAAUGCCGGCGGCGCAGCAUCCUCCGCCGCGUCGUGACGAUCGUCUCCGCCGCGGACUUCCGGAAGCUGCUCGCGAUCCUUGACUCCUCCGUCGCCGACAUGAAGUGGGUCCUCACCAUCUUCGACGCCGCCGGAGGUAUCGUCCUAACCCUACCCCCAAUUGCUAGCAACGACCCUAUAAUCUCGUGGGUCUGGUCUUUCAUCGCUUCAUUACACAUGGGCCAAUUGCAAGACAGAAUCGAAGCCGCAAACGAAUUAGCUUCGUUAGCAAAAGAUAACGACCGAAACAAGCAGAUCAUCGUCGACGAAGGCGGCGUUUCUCCGCUGCUGAAAUUACUAAAAGACCACUCUUCACAAGAAGCCCAAAUCGCCGCCUCCUCCGCACUCUUCAACUUAGCCAACGACCAAGAACGAAUCCAAACCCUAAUCGACGAAUCGGGCAUUCCAAUAAUCGUUCAAGUCCUCGGCAAUUCGGCAAUGAAGGUCCAAAUAACCGUCGCUAAUUUAGUCGCGAAGAUGGCCGAGCACUCCCCUAUCGCCAAAGAGGAUUUUGCUAGAGAAAACAUAAUCCGACCGCUCGUCACGUUACUAUCCUUCGAUUUAUUCGUGGACGAACCGAAAGUCAAACCCGAAAAGCAAAGCAUCCACUCCCUCGUCCAAAUCAACAUGGAGUUGGAGAAGAAAAGUUUAUUCAAAUCGGGAUCGGGUUCUUCCAAUUUAUCCAUACAUUACGCGGAAGGAAGCUGCAAAGGGCUGAGUCAUCGAAAAGAGAGAGAACACGAAAAACCUGAGCUGAAACUCGAGCUCAAAAUCAGCUGCGCAAAGGCAUUGUGGAUGCUCGCUAAAUGGAGCGUGCCAAAUAGCAAGAGAAUUACCGACACAAAGGGGUUGCUCUGUUUAGCUAAGCUAGUCGAAGCAGAAGAAGGCGAACUGCAACGAAACUGCUUGAUGACGAUAAUGGAAAUAACCGCAGCAGCAGAAUCGAACCCUGAUCUCCGAAGAGCAACUUUCAAGACGAAUUCUCCUCCGGCGAAAGCUGUAGUUGACCAGCUACUUAGGGUUAUGAAAGAUUCAGACGAAGAUCCUAUGUUGCAACUAGCUGCUGUAACUGCAAUAGGUUCUUUAGCAAGAACGUUCCCCGCUAGAGAAACGAGGGUUGUGUGUCCCUUGGUGGAGCUUCUCGGUCACAGGAAUCAAGAAGUGGCGGCUGAAGCUGCUGUGGCGCUUACAAAAUUCGCUUGUUCGGACAAUUUUCUCUGCGUGGAGCAUUGUAAGAAUAUUAUCGAGUUUAAGGGGGUCCCGCCACUUGUGAGAUUGUUGAAGGGGAAUGAAAGGGCCCGAUUGCACGGAUUAAUACUUACGUGUUAUCUUGCGAUUCACGCGGGGAAGAGCGAGGAGUUGGAAAGGGCGGGAGUUUUGAAUGCGUUUGAAGGGUUGGACCGUUUGUUUGUUGUUCAACAUUUGGAGUUGAGGGAGUUGAUUCCUCAGGCGAUUUAUCAUUUGAGCGUUUUUCAUCAGAACUCCGGUAUGAUCGCGCAAAUACCGUUUUAGCCCUGCGUGGGAUUGGUUUGGAUGUAUACACAUUGUUGAGAUAGUGAUGUGAACAUGGUCAUUCAUUAGCUAUGUUUGGUAUUUGAUGAUGUUUGUCCGAACGAGAAUCGGUUGUAUUUGUUGUACGAGUUGUAUUUUUAUCUCAAAUCGGAGAAUUUGAAAGAAUCAGAAAAUAAUGCAUUGUUACUGAUUAACAAAUUUGGAACA